AAACUGGGGGCGUUUUACUCUAGUGAGGACCAUAGCAAUCUUAGUGUCAAAGAAACAACCAUGUUGCUGCUUUUACUGUCAUUCCUUCUGGUUUCGUCUCAGUCUCAUUCCUUCCUUACAGAACCCACCUCGCCUGAACAUCAGACGGAAACUCGGUUAAACUUUGCAGCUUUGGACGAAGUUAGGCUUUUGGCAACUGGCCUCCUACAGCUGGGCCAUAGCCUGAGGGACUUUGUACAGAAUACCAAGAACCAGAUCAAUAAUAUUUUCCAAAAGCUCAAUAUCUUCGACAAAUCCUUCUACCAACUUUCUGUGCUGACCAGCGAAAUUAAGGAGGAGGAGGAAGAACUGAAGAAGACCACUGUGAUCUUAAAGGCAAAUAAUGAGGAAAUAAAGGGUCUGUCACUGGAAAUCAACUCUAAAGUGGAAGAUAUUAUAAAAGAGAGGAAUCAUCUGAGGAGACAGGUGGGAGGCUUGGAGGAGAAGUUAAGUGGUCUGUCCCAGAGUUUGCUCUCAGCUGAGCAGGUGGCAGAAAUCUCCACACUCAAGGAGAUAAUCCAGACCCAGGAAAAGAGCAUCACAGAUCUGCUGAAGGCUGUGAAUGAACAAAGUGAGCAGCUCAACAACCAAAGGACCAAGAUCAAAGGCCUGGAAAAUAAACUCAGCAUCCAGGAAACUGCUGAAAAGAACCGCCAAACCAACAGCCUCUCAGGAUACCUUCCAUACUUCACAUCCGAUGGGAGCUUCUCAAGUAAUCUUCCAAAAGACUGCGGCGAGGUCUUCAGCCGAGGACAGAAAUUCAGCAGCCUGUAUGCUAUUAAACCAUAUGAGUCAGAAACCUUUCUUGUAAAUUGUGAAUUCACCGAGGAGGGAGUGUUCACUGUCAUCCAGCGCAGACAUGACGGCUCUGUAGACUUUGACCAGUCCUGGGAGAAGUAUGAGGAUGGAUUUGGAGACUUUAGCAGUGAGUUCUGGCUGGGACUGAAGAAGAUCUAUGCCAUUGCCCGUCAGGGACAUUCUCUCCUGCACGUCCAGAUAGAGGACUGGAGAAAGGAGAAACAUUUCAUGGCUUAUCAGUAUAUCCUGGAGGAUGCUGCCUCCAACUACACCAUCCAUCUGAAACUGCAGUCGGCUGAAUCCAGCUCUGCUGUGGACGAACUCACUGGCUUCAGGUUCUCCACUAAAGACCACAACGAUGGAAACCAUGAUCCAAACUGUGCCCAAGAUUACACAGGUGGGUGGUGGUUUAGCAUUUGCGGUGACAUUAACCUGAAUGGCAAGUGUAUUCAGAGCAGACCUCGUAAAAAGGGAACCCACUGGAAACCUGGCAGGGGAACCACCAGCUUCAAGGCCUCAAAAAUCUCCAUUAGUCAUCUCACAAAGCCACAAACCCCUUAAUAUCAACAGUAUGUGCAGAAACACAGAAUGGGAUUAUCAGAGCUCCGAUACACAUUCAUGCUGUAUACUGGUUUUUACAAAGUAACCUUUUAAUAGACAUGGCAAUGUUUGUUGAGUAUGCAUAUAAAUAAAUAUGAUGAAGUAAAAAAGUAAAAAUGUGACAUUUACAUUAUAAUUAGGCCACUGGACUCCAUAUGAUUCAGUUUCUCCACCAGUCAUCUUAAUUACAUUGCAAUGAGUCCAACCAUGUAGGAAACCUCUCAUUUAACCUUGUGAGAGCCAGUUUCAUCCAUGUGUUUAAGUGAGUCACAUUGACUUCAAGAUGUCAUCAGCUGCACAGCAUGUCAUUUGCUAUUUUUGAACUACUUCCAAUAAAUAUUUUCUAUUCAUUAUUUUAUUAUAACAUUAAAUUCAAAAUUAUAUUUCAAAUAAAGUAUUUAAAUGAA